AUGGCGACCAAUGACAACUUUACUACCCGUGUCCUCUACGAGCCUCUUGAGGGAGUCGAAAGACUUGAGAACUAUCGACCAGGAGGCUAUCACCCCAUUAAAAUUGGAGAUCACUUCCACGGUCGAUAUCGAGUUGUUCAUAAGCUGGGACAUGGCUCCUAUUCUACGACGUGGCUGGCCCGUGAUGAACAAUGCAGUAAAUACGUUGCGAUGAAAGUCUGCACAGCAGACUCGAACCCAAAGGAAGUGGAUAUCAUAUCUACUCUCACCGGUCCUCAUUCUUCUUCGAUCAACACUCCAGGAAAGACAAUGAUUCCGUCGAUUCUAGAUAGAUUCACCAUUCACGGCCCAAAUGGCCAUCAUGUUUGCUACGUCACCGCGCCGGCAAGGGCUAGCCUCUCAGGGGUGAAAGAUGGUUCGUGGACCCGCUUAUUCCAGCUUGACGUAGCCCGGUCAUUGGCUGCGCAACUCGUUCUUGUUGUGGAUUAUGUACAUGCCCAAGGAAUUGUCCAUGGAGACCUUCACCUAGGCAACAUCCUUCUCAAAGUUCCGCACAAUUUUGAUCAGCUCUCAGUCGAGCAAUUAUAUGAGAAAUAUGGAGAACCGGAGGUAGACCCAGUUGUUCAUCUAGAUGGCAAUCCACUUCCUCCUGGUGUUCCAUCCCAUGGCAUUGCGCCCAUAUGGCUGGGUGAAGCAAGUGAGGAAAUCACGCUUGCAGACGCCAGGAUCUUGCUUACAGAUUUUGGUGAAGCCUUUUCAUACCCAAAAGAACUAAAAUAUGAAUCUCGCACCCCCCUUGUUAUCCGUCCCCCCGAGGCUCGGUUUGAACCAAAUAAACCUCUCUCUUUUUCAUCAGACAUCUGGUCUCUUGCCUGUACCAUAUGGACCAUCAUCGCUCAACGGCCAUUAUUUGAAGGAUUUCUUGCAACGGAGGAUGACAUGACCUGUGAGCAUGUCGAUACUCUUGGUACUUUACCACCUGAAUGGUGGAAGACGUGGGAGGCGCGACGACAUAGGUUUGCAGAGGAUGGUACGCCACUGAAUCGUAACCCUUUCCGAUCCUGGGGCGAUCGGUUUGAGGAUAGCGUGCAACAGCCCAGGCAAGAUAGCGGGAUGCCGUUGUUUGACGCAAGGGAGAGGGACGCUAUCUUUGACAUGCUACGGCCGAUGCUCUCAUUCAGACCCGAGGAUCGUCCUACUACCAAGCAAGUUCUUGAGUCAGAAUGGAUGGUAAAAUGGGCUCUGCCUGAAUAUGGCAAGAUUCAAGACUGUGUAUGA